AAGAUGUUAUGUGUUGUGUUUGGGGGAGGGUGGGGAUGUAUAAUGCUAGUGGCCCGAAAAACAAAGCUCAAAAGGGACGCUUAGUAAACUAUUCCAAGCGUCCUGGAACAGUAUGCUGCAUAUUAUCAGAAAAACAAUGCCCUGACUACAAGAAAAAAAAAAGUAAAUUUAUUCGAGAAGCGGUCCCUCAUCUCUUAGCUUGACGUCGCACAUAUUCUCACCCUGAAAGAGAGACCCAACUAUAAGUAGAGGUCGUACAACAUUUUCUCACCCCUUAAAUCUAGCUCCCUAAAGAAGGCCUGCCUGUAGCACAAUACAUGGCUUGAUCACACGGUAGGGGGUGAGGUCCCCGGAUAUAACGUCAAAAGGUUUUUUUUUUUCUUCAUAGCUCAUUCAUUUUUUUUUAUUUUUUUUUUACCAGCGGGUUCCUGUCUGUAAGGCCGUGGCGCCCGGAUCUAGAAUGGCACAAACUGAAGGCCCUAUGAGAGAAAGGGAAAGCUAAUGAUGCCUGAGCACGACAAUGGAUUUCUCUUUCAUGCAAGGGAUCAUGGGAAACACAAUCCAGCAGCCGCCUCAACUUAUCGACUCUGCCAACAACCGGCAGGAUGAUGCCAGCAGCAGUGACCAAGCUGAUGAGGGUGGACGCACACCUUAUGAUUCUGGCCCACAGCCUGACUUUCAUUACCCCACUCCCACUACAGAGGACUUAUCUCCUAUCACCAAUGGUUACCCAUCUUUAUUAGAUUAUGAACCUCAAGAGAAAUUUGUAGCCCAUUCUCAGUUUUCAAAUGGUUCAGCUAAUGGUUACAGCAGUAGGAGUUUGACCACAUUGGAAUAUUACCAACUUGAGACUACAGCAGUCCAGUCUCAUGAAGGCUUGGGUAAAGAUACCCCCCCCAAGACCACCACAUCUCCUGUCUUCUUACAAUCUCCCUUUCCCUCUACUACCUGUCAAAAGAAGACUGGUUCACCAGAUAUUAAGCUAAGGAUAACAAAAACCAUUCAAAAUGGAAGGGAAAUGUUUGAGUCCUCUCUCUGUGGGGACCUUCUUAAUGAAUUCCAUGCCAAUGAGAUAGCUAGGAAAAAACAUGAACGACGGAAAGAGAGAAGGGAUAGAAAGAAGAGCAGUCGUCACCUUCACCACCAUCUUCCUGAGGCAGUGAAUGCUGAGCCAAUUUUGUCAAACAUACCAAAACUGGAUUCUCUUGAGGAUGCAAAUGUAAUGACACAAACAACUGUUUUUCCAUUGCCCUCUGAGGUUCGGGUUGGGGCUUGGUUUCACAUAGGAGACUUAGUUUGGUCAAAGGUUGGGACAUACCCUUGGUGGCCAUGCAUGGUUUCCUGUGACCCUCAGCUACAUGUCCACAGCAAGAUAAACUCCAGAGGGGCUCGUGAAUACCACGUUCAGUUUUUCAGCAACGAACCUGAGAGGGCAUGGGUACAUGAAAAACGUAUGCGAGAAUACCGUGGUCAAAAGCAGUAUGAGCAGCUGUUGGCUGAAGAUUCUGCUAGAGCUAUUAACCAGUCAGAGAAGCUGAAGAUGCGGAAGCCAAGGCCCCAGCGAGAACGGAUUCAAUGGGAAAUAGGUAUAGCUCAUGCAGAAAAGGCUCUGUGUAUGACACGAGAGGAAAGGAUAGAGCAAUACACAUUCAUCUAUGUAGAUCAGGAACCUACACCUGAACCCAAGAAAUUAGCAGGCAUUGGCAAAAGGAUUAGGCAGUCGACUUCCAGCAGUGAUGCAGAGCCUGUUUGUUCAGUAGAAGUUGUCUCUUCUCAUCCACCUUCAUUACCUUUGUUCUCUUCUCAAAACUCCUAUAAGGACUCUUUGCCAGAGACUCGGAGGCAGAAACAGAGAAAACCAUCACAAGAUGAAGAAAAGCAACCUUUUCCACCAGCAAAAACAGCUUGGAGGACAGCAGCUGCCCGAAAGGCACUACCAGCAUCAGUGUUACUGCAUAAAGGCACAAUUGAUCUUCAGAAGUGCAAUAUGUCCCCCGUUGUAAAGAUUCAAAAUGUUCUUGCACUGCAGAAUGCAUCACCUGAUGUGUUUGACCAAUUUAUAUACUCCACAAAGGGAGUUGGUAUCAAGUCAGAAAUCACAGUCCGAGAUCUAGAAAAGACCUUAUCACCCCCAAGCAUAAGGAAUGAGAAGUCAAAUGCACAGCUUACACCUGAGCCCACAUCAGGAACCACAGGAUCCUUCGAGAAGAAGCAUCAGAGAAGAUCUAAUCGAACUCGAACAGAAUCUGAAAAGUCUCUAGAUUCAGUGCCAAAAAAGAAAAUCAAGAAGGAGCAGGUGGAAGUUAUACCUCUUUCAGCAGUACAGAUUGGAUUACAAAAAGGGGCUAGUGAAAUUUCUGAUGCAUGCAAACCAUUGAAAAAGAGAAGCCGUGCCUCCACGGAUGUUGAAGUUGCAAAUUCCUGCUACCGUGAUGCUUCAGACUCCGAUUCACGAGGCAUCAGUGAUGCACAGAUUAGUUUUGAGAAGCAGUCAGACAGUCCUUCAGCCACUCUGGAUGCAGAUGUUUCUGAUGUUCAAUCUGUAGAUUCGAAUGUCUCAUGGAGAUCAAUCAAAAGAGACACAGUUUGUCAGAUCUGUGAAAGUUUUGGUGAGAUGCUGGUUUCCUGUGAGGGUGAGUGCUCUCGCCUCUUUCAUCUUGAGUGUCUCGGAAUGGAAUCAUUACCAGAUGGGAGGUUUAUAUGCAUGGAAUGCAAAACAGGCCUCCAUACCUGCUUUUCCUGCAAGACUCCCAGCACCAGUGUGAAACGUUGCUCUGUUUUAUCCUGUGGCAAAUUUUACCAUGAAGUUUGUGCCCGACAAUAUUCUGCCACAGUUCCUGAUUCAAAAGGGUUUCGCUGUCCACACCACUGCUGUAGCACCUGCACUAUUCAAAAAGAUCUGUACAGAGCAAGCAAAGGUCGCAUGCUGCAAUGUUUACGUUGCCCCAUGGCAUAUCAUUCUGGAGACAGUUGUGUGGCUGCUGGCAGUCUUCUCCUUUCUUCUGGUCUGAUCAUCUGCAGCAACCAUUCCAAGCGCAGUGGUCAUUCAUCAGCUUCUGUUAAUGUUGGAUUCUGUUUUGUCUGCGCUCGAGGGCUAAUAGAUCAGGAAUAUACCCUGGUCAGUUCUAUGUCCUUUAAGUCCCAUUAUCUUCUGACUGGCGCAAAGCGUGCAGAGUUGAUGAAAAUACCUAUGAUUCCUUCUUCCUCGCCAGCUUACAUAAAGAAAACUGAGAAAGGAGGUGGCAAGCUCCUAUGUUGUGAGUCAUGUCCGGCUGCUUUUCAUCCAUCCUGUCUCAACAUCGAAAUGCCUCAGGGAUCCUGGAGAUGCAAUGACUGCAGAAUCGGCAAAAAGCUACACUUCAAGCAAAUUGUUUGGGUCAAGCUUGGCAACUACAGGUGGUGGCCUGCAGAGAUCUGCAAUCCAAGAACUGUUCCACUUAACAUCCAAAGCCUCAAACAUAACAUUGGGGACUUUCCAGUUUACUUUUUCGGAUCACAUGAUUAUUACUGGGUGCACCAUGGCCGUGUCUUUCCAUAUAUUGAAGGGGACAAGAGCUUUGCUGAGGGACAGAGUAGUGUUAACAAAACAUUCAAGAAAGCACUUGAGGAAGCUGCUAAAAGGUUUCAUGAAUUGAAAGCUCAGCGUGAAAGCAAGGAAGCUCUGGAGUUUGAGAGGAUUUCCAGAAAACCUCCUCCUUACAAGCACAUCAAGUCCAAUAAAGCAGUGGGGAAAGUUCAGAUCCACUUGGCAGAUGUGUCUGAAAUCCCACGUUGUAAUUGUCGUCCUACUGAUGAUGCUCCUUGCGGCUUGGAAUCUCAGUGCUUAAACCGCAUGCUGCAGUAUGAAUGUCACCCACAGAUUUGCCCAGCUGGUGAAUGCUGUCACAAUCAAAACUUCACCCAUCGGAACUAUCCAGAGACUGAAAUCAUACGUACUGAGAGGAGAGGUUGGGGACUCAGGUGCAAGAGGGACAUACGAAAGGGUGAAUUUGUAAAUGAAUAUGUUGGAGAAUUAAUUGAUGAUGAGGAGUGUCGACAGCGGAUGAAGAGUGCACAUGAAAAUGGAGUCACUAACUUCUACAUGCUAACAGUCACUAAGGAUCGUAUUAUAGAUGCUGGACCCAAGGGGAAUUUCUCACGUUUCAUGAACCACAGCUGUAAUCCCAACUGUGAGACACAAAAGUGGACAGUUAAUGGUGAUAUCAGAGUGGGACUCUUUGCACUUUGUGAUAUUCCUGAAGGUACUGAGCUAACAUUUAAUUACAAUCUGGACUGUCUUGGGAAUGGUCGGACAGAAUGUCAUUGUGGGGCAGAUAACUGUAGCGGGUUUUUGGGAGUACGCCCAAAGACUGCAUGUGCAACAGCCACUGAAGAAAAGGCUAAAAAUGCUCGUCUAAAGGCAAGGAAAAGGAAAAUAAAGACAGAACAGAAGCAAAUGCAUGAAGAUUUCUGCUUCCACUGUGGGGAUGGAGGAGAGCUGGUGAUGUGUGAUAAGAAAGACUGUCCUAAAGCUUAUCAUCUUCUCUGCCUUAACCUUACACAGCCUCCAUUUGGGAAAUGGGACUGUCCAUGGCACCAGUGUGACACAUGUGGAGCUUCCUCCUCCUCUUUCUGUGACUUCUGUCCGGUCUCCUACUGUAAAGAUCACGAAAUAGGGGCACUGACAGCUUCAUCUUUAGAAGGCAGACUCUGCUGUUCAGAACAUGACCCUAAACAACCCUUGGCUCCCAGUUUUGGGAAUAAAAUCAAAUGUAAAAUUGAACUUGAGGAUUCCUUGCAUCCCCUAUAACUAUAAAUGCAAAAAAAAACUUGAUAAGAUAUUAAAUAGAAUUAACUUCUGUUUUUAGAUGGACUCAUUCACAUACCAGAUGUAAUAUAUUCAAAAUAGGAUGAGGCUCUAUAUGUCUCUUCUGCAUUUGUCAUUCUUGCUACUUUCUCUCAUACUUAUAUUUUUAUUGUGAACAUUUUCUCCAGCUCGUUCCUCCAAGGUUGUGGUAAGCAGAUCUAUUUAUUCUAUUUAUUGUAUUUUAUUUUUUUCUAUACAAUAAGAAAUAUCUGGUGCAGGUUAUCAGUUUCUUUUAUUAAUUUGGUGAUCUCCAGUGUCACUUUGCUAUUGUUGUGAACCUGAUUAAUGAAAUUCAGCCUGCAUUUUAUUUCCCAAUCUCUUCCAAUGUAAUUCCUUAAAGGGAUACUAAACCCAAAUUCUUUUUUUAAUGAUUCAGAUAGAGCAAGCAAUUUUAAGCAAUUUUCUAAUUUACUGCUACUAUCAAUUUUUCUUCGUUCUUUUGCUAUCUUUAAUUA